AUGGAAGACAAUGGAACAGUCACGACUGAGCCUGAGCAGAUCGACACUGAUGCGAAUCUUCGCAUGGACGACGGACAUGCGGGUGAUCAGAUUGCCUGGAUCUACUACUGGCCAGUACUGAAUUUGAUGUAUGAUUCCUUCUUGCAUGCGCCCGAGACGGGGCAGCUUAAGGAAAUCAUGGAGACCUACACGCUAAUCAGCGGCUUGCUGUUGGUAUCCCUUUUCCCUGUCCUCACUCUUUUCCAGCCGUACACAGUUGAGGUGGCCAAGGCCCGAAAUUGGACAGGCAGUUACAAUGCCUACGAGGCGUGCAUAUUUGCAGCUCUGAUAUUUAGUUGCACGGCCUUGUUCCAAACAGUUCUGGUCUACUUGCUGACAAGGGCUACGGAUUUUAAGGGGUCCCAAGGACAGUUGGUGAGGGCGUACAAGGCCUGGUGGACUUUCAAUCGUUGGAACCUUGUGUCGAUUUUUCUGUGCACCCUGCUGGGAAGCUUCAGUCUUUUCUUUACGGUGGAGCAUGCCUUCAUCCUACAGCACGCAGUGACAGAAGAGGAGGCUGUGGCGCUGAGGGAGGCUUUCAACUGGUGCUACUUUUUGUGGGUGCUGCUGGGGCUUUUGCUGCCUCUGGCCAUCCAGUCUUUGGCGCUCUUGCGCAAGCAGAAGGCAUUGCAGGAGGCCACGGAGUGCAGGCCUCGUUCAACGCGAAGGAUGUUCCCACACAUUCCGCUGCUGAAUGUUGCUGGUGACAUGCUGUUCAAUGAGGUGCCAGAGCUAUCGCAGAUCAAAGCAAUCAUGAAGAUGCUGAGUGUCCUUCUCAGCUUGCUUGUGUCGAUUGCUCUGCCAGUGGUGCAGGCAUUUCAGUUUGACAAGGCUGCAACUGCAAGAGAGAACAACUGGGAUGGCUCUUACACAGAGUUUCAGAGCUGCGCCAUUAAAGGCUUUGCCUUCAUUUCAGCGGCAUUCUUGCAGCUUUUGCUCGUUCUUGUGUUUACGUCGAAGACCCGCUUUGAAGUCGUCGUCGGCUUCAAAGAGCACAAAGACCUGGACUGCAAAAAUGGCGUUGAGGAUCCUCAAGUGAAUGCAGAGUGCCAUCAAAUCAUAGGCGCGAGCCACGAACUUAGCACCACAGAUGAGGUCGGGACGCGCGGGUCGGAAAGGGCAGGGUGCAGCACGAGCGGCCUGUCGCCCGCUGCUGUUGCCGGGAUCGAGGGCCAGAUCAGCGCAGAUUCCGAACUUUGGCUGGACACGGGGAAAGAGGCUCCCGUGUGGCUUCAUCACCAGCAAGGAAUGUCUCCAGCGGCUAGUCAAGCGCCUGAGAAGGUCAGGGGAGAUGUUAUAGAUGUGGAGACCUUGCGCAAGGCUCCGCUGGCGGCUUGGUGGGAGGUGAGCCGGUGGAACUUUCUGCUUAUCGGCCUUUGCGCCAGUGUAGGCGGCGCGUUCCUGAAUAUGGCAGCGCUGAGGGUCAAGAAGCUUCAGCACGCGCAAAGCGAGCUGGAGGCCAAGGUGCUGAGUCAAAAGCAAGACGAGCAGAAUUAUGGAAUCAUCCUGGCCCUUGGUGCAUGUUUGACACUGAUGCUGUUGUCCGCUGCCUCAUGGCGACGUUGGAGGUUGUUGGAAGCGACGCGUUCCACGGAUUCUACGGAAGGUGCAGCCCACCGUUGCAAUCGUGAAGUCGGGCAUUACAUCUACUUCAUACCUGGGGUGAACCUAUUUUAUGACUUCUUCGUCGUUGGCCAGCCCGACCGGGAGCAAGUGAACUCGUUGGUGGAGACCGUGACAGUGAGCGUAGCACUGCUUUUGAGCGCCAGUGCCAGUUUCUUGAUUCUCUUCAACCACGAAGAGUCCGAAAACGCGCGCGGGCGCAAUUGGGACAAUUCCUACUUUGAGUACGAGCAGCAGAGUAGUUUGGGGUUUGCUCUUCUAACAGGUUCCCUUGGCAGUGGCUUCCUCAACUACUUGGCAGUAGUCAGGACCGACUUCAAAACGAGCGGAAAGAUCAGCGGCGCCUUCCAGAGCUGGUGGUCGUGGAGUCGCCUCAGCGUGUUGCUGCUGUUGUUAGGCCUUUACUACGGCGGCUUUCUAGUAUUCAUGGCAGCAACACGCAUUUACAACGUGCAGCACAUGGAAAAUGAAGAAGAGGGACUGGCGCUGUGGGGUUGGCAAGAGAAUAUUUCAGACGUUUUCCUCGCAGCGUGGGGCAGUGCUGGGAGUCUUGUUGUCUUGUCUCUCGCCCUUCUGAGCAAGGAGCGCGCAAGAUCGAACCUGAGGCCAGGCAGGGUGUCGAGACAAGAGGUAACUUGCCAAUGGCUUUACAGGGUCCCAAUACUCAAUUUACUUUUUGAUUUCCUCUGGGAUGAGACGCCAGCGCGGGAGCAGUUGGGCGCGCUCUCCGAAUUCUUCGGAUUUUUGAGUGGCCUCUUUGCUGGCGUGACCUUUCACAUGUUCCACUUGUUUCACUUUGAGGAUGCAGCAGUUGCCCGAGCGCACAAUUGGACUGGCACGUAUUCAAAGUUCGAGGCCUGCUCACAUUAUUCUUGGAUUCUUUGUUCCUUGACUUUCCUGGUAUGGAUGCAGUGGGGUGUAUUCGGUAUGACGACCAAUUUCAAGACUGGGGUAGAUCACGAGCAGGACAGCGUUACUCUCCUGACUGCCUGGUGGUACUGGGCACGUUGGCUGGCCGCUCUUAUGUUGCUGUACGUUGUUGGCAACGUGAUUUUCUUGAACUGGACUGCAGGGCUGGCAUAUAUUUUGCAGCACGCUAGCACGGAGGCAGAAGCGAACGCAUGGGAGUCGGAGUUUAAUUGGAUGAGCCAGGUCUUUGUAAUCUGUUUUGGCUGUGCCUGCCCCAUUGGGAUGUUGUCCUUUAGUCUGGCCCGCUCACACCAAGAGGCUUUGCGCCAAACUACCCGGCCAUGUUCGGGUCACGCGCAGCAAGCGCACCAGCAGAAUUUUAUCUGGCAGUACCGCAUUCCUUUUUGGAAUGUGAUUUAUGAUCUUCUCUUUGACACUCCUCCUACGAAAAACCAGAUGCGAGAGAUGCUGUCUGUGCUGGGUCUAGUCAACGGCCUCUUGCUCUCCGUACUGCUGCCCAUUAUGACCAAGUUCCAGCCAGAGGACGUUCUGGUCCUGAAGCGUCGAGACGUGCAGCUCCUCGAGUUCCGGGAGCGGUUCAGGGUCUGUGUGAGCUUGGGCUGCGCCACCAUGGCCUCCGCACUGCUGCAGGUUCUGUUCACCUUUGUGUUUGCCAACGUCAGCGCAGCGUUUGACGCCGGCCAGGCAAGUGUCAGACGCUGGUGGGCCAUCCAGCGCUGGAUCAUUGUGAGCAUCGGGGUCUUCACAGCCAUGGGCUCGACUUGCCUUCUCGCUUCCGGAGCCACGGCAUUCGGGUCGGCCGGCAGCUGCAUCUGGCUCAAGAAGCAGCACUUGCAGAGCCUCAUUUGGAGGAUGCUCAGCCGUUCCGUGCGCCGCCUGGGGCUCGCGCGCUCGCCCGCUCUGCGGGCGACGGUGGUGGGCCAUGGCGAGCGCAUCAGGAAGCAAAGCUUCGGCUAUGGCGACCACGCUCCACCCAACGCGCCUGGCUUCGGAGGCGAGCAUCAGCAGUACCCGCCCGAGACUGUUGGCAACACGGUGAAGUACAUCUCGGAGAACAUGACCAACCCUCCGAAGUACAAGGAGAUCAUCGAAGGCUUCGGUUACCCCGGGCAGAAGAACUCCGCCGGAGGCUUGUGCACUUUGGGCCGCAUCUACUACGGCCCGGGGCGCUAUGACUACGGGCGUCCGAAGAUGCCCAAGGGUUGGAUCGCCAACUUCUUCUACCCGUGCUGGGAGUUCGCCCACAUCCUCUUCGUGGCGGACCGCUGGAUCGCCUGGCGCGUCUUUCGGCACAUCCUGGCCAUCACGAUGUGCUACAUCCCAUUCAACAUCCAGAUGCAUUGGAACAAGCAGAUGAUCGAGGACUACAAGAAGACCCACGAGUGGUGAGCACGAUUGCUUUCUUCACACGGCAUGACUGCCACACUUCCGGGAGCCUGGCGUAUUGUAUUUAGGAGUCUUUGCAGGCACU